UUUAAUCUAUAUUUUGUGUGACGUGAUUCCGAUAAAAUUUCAGGCGUAGUACGUGAUAAGCAUUAGCAGUAAUUAAUAGUGGUACCUGGGAUGGCUGUCUGCGAAUAUUAUUAUUUUUUUAACAACGUUCAGAAGUAAACUGCUUCUUAACAUUCCUUGAAAACGUAAUUACAAUACAAAAUUAGAAAAAAAAAACCGAAUAACAAGGAAAAAGGAGUAGAAAAUCGUUUAAAGCAGGAUUAACAAUCAAUAUGGCUGGGCCAGAUUUACCAGAGAUUCCACCACCUUUAAAAAGUCUACAACAAAGCUUGAAAAUAGCAUCUACUCACGACCAACGAGAUCCUGUUGUUAGUUAUUGGUGUCGACUGUACGCUCUUCAAAGAGGGUUGAAGCUUUCAACCAAGACACCUGAAGAGACGAAUUUUUUGUUAAAAUUAAUAGAUUGGUUGGAAACAACCAAAAAGGAAUCACGAGAUAACGAAGCUAUUACAAACGAUAUAGCUGCCCAGGCACAUUUAGAAAACUGGGCACUAAAACUCUUUCUCUAUGCCGAUGAAAAUGACAGAGCAUCUAACUUUGGCAAGAAUGUAGUGCAGAGUUUUUUUACAGCUGGUAUACUUUACGAUGUCUUGACUGUAUUUGGUGAACUAUCCGAAGAAGCGGCGCAAAAUAGAAAGUAUGCCAAAUGGAAGGCGGCGUAUAUUCAUAAUUGUUUAAAGAAUGGCGAAACUCCUGUACCAGGACCAAUCGACGAUAACACUGAGAACAUUGAUUCUGGUAAAACCAUGGAUGAAGAGUCAGUUGAUACUCCUACCUCACCUAAAACGAAAGAAGGAGAAGAGUUGUUGAAUACAAAUACAGAUGGAUCGAUCGAUAGUCCUAAUACUGAUUCAUUCGAUACACCGCGCAAUCCAAUUAGCACAGGAAACAUUGGACAAUGGUCUUCCGAACUUAAAGAAGACUACGAUGCGAGCACGAGAACGGAAGGAGGAGUUGAAUUGUCACUAGAGCAAAUGAACAAGGCACAAAAGUUUAUUAAAUGGGCUGGAAGCGCUUUGAAUUACGACGAUGUGCCUACAGCCGUGUCAAAUCUCCGGAAGGCUUUACAUCUUUUAACCACUGGCGAAGAACUCGCAUGAUUGGAAGCAAGCUUGAUUAUCGAUCAAUUUAUCAGCUCAUCUAGAUUAACGAUUUAUAUUUCGCAAUAAAAUCUACACGCGGUUGAUCGACUUCUAUUGCUUAUCAACAGUAAUGUAAAUACCAGUGUUUGCAGUUCAACUAAUAUAGAAGUAAAAACGAUAAGUUAUUUAUUGAAACGUUUACAUUAUUACAGCUACGCCGAAUAUUGAUGAUGUCUUUUGAGUAUAUAAACUCCGUCUUUGUACGCGUAUAAAAUCGAGAACGAAUCGGCGUUUGUUCUUUUUCGUGGCUGUCACGAAAAAGAAGCGAUUCGAAAAUUGAUAAUAGUUAUCGGUAAAAGUAGAAACUGAGAACUAAUCGCACUGGGUGUUUCCAUUGUUAUUUAAUUUUUAUACGCUUAUAUGUUCAGCGUUAUAUUAUAAUUGUAUUCGCGCGUGCAUCCUUUAAGGCGCGUUAAAGUUUGUAAGUGAAGCUAGUUAUUAGUACUGUACAUAUUGGUUUUUUUCGUAUUUAAAAUAUUUCGUGCUGUUCUUACGUACUAAAAAUAUGAACCACCCAGGGAACGAACAAUAUUCUUGAUUUACGAAUGAUUUCAAAAAGAUUGUACAUAUACGUUUGUUCAUACGUGUGACUGUGCUGUCCUUUCUUCACUUUUAUUUUCAUGUUACUUUCUCGAUAAAAUCUUCAUCUCCGUCGACACAAAAAUUAGAAUAUUCAAAAUAAAUACUAUUAAAUCAGA